AUGGCUGGACGUCUCUUCCUCUCCGCUGCUCUCCUGAGCACCGCGGCUUUCGCUGCCCCUCUCGAGGAGCGCCAGGCCUGCGCCUCCCAGUGGGGCCAGUGCGGUGGCCAAGGCUGGUCCGGCCCUACCUGCUGCCCUUCCGGCACCACGUGCCAGCUUCAGAACGCCUGGUACAGCCAGUGCCUGCCCGGCGCCGCUCCUCCCCCGGCCGUCACCACCACUCGCCCGGCCACAACCGCUGCCUCUUCCACCCGUCCCGCCACCACCGUCGUGAACCCCCCCACGACCACUGUCGCCCCUCCCCCUGGUACUACUGUUGCCCCUCCUCCCGGCACCACCGUCGCUCCCCCCCCCGGCGGCGCCACCUACUCCGGCAACCCCUUCGCCGGCGUCAACCAGUGGGCCAACGCCUACUACAGGUCUGAGGUCUCCUCCCUCGCCGUUCCGAGCCUGAGCGGUCCCCUGGCCACCGCCGCCGCCAAGGUUGCCGAUGUUCCCACCUUCCAGUGGAUGGACACCACCGCCAAGGUUCCCCUGAUCGACGGCGCCCUCGCCGACAUCCGCCGCGCCAACGCCGCCGGUGGCAACUACGCCGGUAUCUUCGUCGUCUACAACCUGCCUGACCGUGACUGCGCCGCCGCCGCCUCCAACGGUGAGCUGUCCAUCGCCAACGACGGUAUCAACAAGUACAAGGCCUACAUUGACUCGAUCCGCACCGUCCUCCUGAAGUACAACGACAUCCGCACCCUGCUUGUCAUUGAGCCCGAUUCGCUCGCCAACAUGGUCACCAACAUGGGUGUCGCCAAGUGCUCCAACGCUGCCGCCGCCUACAAGGAGUGCACCAAGUACGCCGUCCAGAAGCUUGACCUUCCCCACGUUGCCCAGUACCUCGAUGCCGGCCACGCUGGCUGGCUCGGCUGGCCCGCCAACAUUGGCCCGGCCGCCACCAUCUUCACCGACAUCUACAAGGAAGCCGGCAAGCCCAAGUCCCUCCGUGGCCUCGCCACCAACGUCUCCAACUACAACGCUUGGAACGCCACCAGCCCCGCCCCCUACACCAGCCCCAACCCCAACUACGACGAGAAGCACUACGUCGAUGCCUUCGCUCCCCUCCUCCGCCAGAACGGCUGGGACGCCAAGUUCAUCAUCGACCAGGGCCGCUCCGGCAAGCAGCCCACCGGCCAGCAGGAGUGGGGACACUGGUGCAACGCCCUCGGCACCGGCUUCGGCCUGCGCCCCACCUCCAACACCGGCCACCCCGACGUUGACGCCUUCGUCUGGGUCAAGCCCGGUGGUGAGGCCGACGGCACCAGCGACACCACCGCUGUCCGCUACGACCACUUCUGCGGCAGCGCCUCGUCCAUGAAGCCUGCCCCCGAGGCCGGUACCUGGUUCCAGGCCUACUUCGAGCAGCUUCUGCGCAACGCCAACCCCUCUUUCUAA